UCCACCGACCCAAAUCAAUUUUAUAUCAAAAUCUGUACGUGUUUCACAAUGUUUGACUUGCAGAACAGAACAACAAACUCACAUAGACAGAUCAAUUGAAAAGAAAGGUAGAAAGAAGAUCAAAGCAAAGAACUCUCUCAUCUCUCUGAGCUUUGGUCAAGGAGAAGUCAUAAAAUCUAGUUUCAUCCAUUGCCAUGGAGAGCAAUAACAAAUCAGAAACUGCAGGAAAAGUUUUAAGAUGCAAAGCUGCAAUUUCCAGGAUUCCGGGAGAGCCACUUGUGAUAGAGGACAUUGAAGUAGACCCCCCAAAAGCUUGGGAGAUUCGGAUCAAAAUUUUAUGCACAUCCCUGUGUCACACUGAUAUCACCUUUUGGAAAAUGAAAGCAGGACCUGCUGCAGUUUUUCCAAGAAUUUUUGGGCAUGAAGCUGUUGGUGUUGUUGAAAGCGUGGGAGAGAAUGUAGAAGAAUUUACAGUGGGGGAUACAGUGUUGCCAGUGUUCCUACCGAAUUGCAAGGAAUGCAGCGACUGCAAGUCUCAAAAGAGCAACAUUUGCUCAAUAUUUGAGAACAAUUUUUCCCCUGAAAUGCCUAGGGAUGGCACUAGCAGAUUUAAGGACAUGAAUGGUGAGAUUUUGCACCAUUUCUUGUGGGUGUCUAGCUUCUCUGAGUAUACAGUGGUAGAUGUAACCCAUGCUGUGAAGAUUACUCCUGAGAUUCCAGUUGAUAAGGCUUGCUUGCUUGGUUGUGGAGUGUCCACAGGAAUUGGAGCAGCGUGGAAGGUAGCUGAGGUGGAAGAGGGAUCCACGGUGGCUAUCUUUGGGCUUGGACCAGUUGGACUUGCGGUUGCGGAGGGAGCAAGACAAAGAGGAGCUUUAAAGAUUAUAGCUGUUGAUUUGAAUCCUGAAAAAUUCGACAUAGGAAAGAAAUUUGGAGUCACUGAUUUUGUAAACCCUGAAACCUGUGGAGAAAAGUCAGUCAGUGAGGUGAUUAAGGAAUUAACAAAUGGGGGUGCUGACUAUUGCUUUGAGUGUAUCGGGUUGGCAUCAUUAAUGCAAGAAGCUUUUCUAAGUAGCCGAAAGGGUUGGGGAAAGACAGUGAUACUUGGAGUGGAGAUGCAUGGCGCGCAAGUGAGUCUUAACCCCUAUGAGUUUCUCCGCGGUAGAAGCAUGAUUGGCUCAUUGUUUGGAGGUGUCAAACCCAAAUCUGAUAUCCCUGUCUUCGCCAAGAAAUACCUAGACAAUGAGCUUCGUUUGGACGAGUUCAUAUCGCAUGAAUUGAGCUUCCAAGACAUAAACAAAGCCUUCGAAUUGCAUCAAGAAGGAAAGAGCCUCCGUUGCAUUAUAUGGAUGGAUCGCUAGACUGGACCGCUGCCUAUGUUGUACCAUGUUGUUAAUGACAACAAAGGAAAUUCAUGAUACUGUUAACCAAUAAGUUGUUUACCAUUUAAGAUGAAGUCACUCUUCAUUAUUUUAAUUGAAUUAUGUUCUCAAUUGAAGUUCUUCCUGCGAGAAAAAAAAAAAUAAUGUUAUGCAAUGUACGCUCACUAAAUUUGGGUCA